AUGGCCAUUGGAAUGAUCUACGACGAAUGGUACUUUGCUAUCUUUGCCAUGUACAUCAUGAGCCUUGCAGGCCUCUGUGUUGAUCCUAUCCUGCAGGGUUUGUCUCGACGACCCAGUCGUAGCCUAGAUCAUGACUGCUUCAUUUUGGCAACCCCUGACAAGGGUGAGAGGAUGAGGUUUCUUGAAGUGCUGUGGAGGCGCUUGACGCAGCUCAAUCAAGCCCGGGUGACUGUCCCGACUCCAUAUGAACCCAGCCAGGGGCUUCCCUGUCCUAUUCUUGCAAAGCAAAAUUGGGAAGACAAGCAAGUGAGCCACUGGCGAAGCGCACUACAUGCUCACUUAGCGGUGAGAGUGCACGCAGACACAACUGUCCGCCUGUAUCCCUUGCAUGCUGAAACAAAGGCAAAUGUACCCGAGAUUCCGGUCGCUCAUGGCGUACCGACAUCUGACCAUGAGUUUCAUGUCGACAAGAAGGUCUUCCGCAAAACUGCUGACACAAAACAUCCAGCAAAGCAUGGAAUGAACAUCGACACUGAUCCAAACAUCGGUCAAGUGCUCGCACCGGCACCAUCACCCGAAUAUAGGUAG